AUGCCUUCUCACAAAUUCCGAAUCCCAGAACUUGACGCUCACUGGGAGCAAGCCGUCAAAGAUGCUGACCUGGCAGGAAAGACCAUCCAUACCCUCCAAAGCUUGUCCUCCGGGUCUAAAAUUAUCCCAUCAGAGUUCUUGACCUUCAGAAUCAUAUGCGUUCCCCAUGCGGCCGGUAUAUUUGAUGCGGAGAAGUGGGAGCUCACGGAACAUAUGGUAAGGGCGCAGAGUCUACUGACGAACCACUUUAGUGAUUUCAGCAAUUACCUACAAAGUGUGCGGCUGGACAUGGGGGUAACACAAAAAGGGCCUGGGGAUCAAUUGCCGCUUGGGAUCUUUGAGAUCCCUCGCAACCACCAGCGCCAUGUCCUGGAAGCUGACAGACUCACGAGCCAGAAAGUCAGACUUGUUGACCCGGAUCAUGUCGAUGCGUGGCGCAUCGUACCAACCACAGAUGAGGAAAUAGUCAAUUUCGCAAUUGUUGACUGGCUCCAAGCAGUCUGCAUGAAGAUGCCCGGGGUCCAUGGACAAUGGAUAGCCAGCCGUUACCAAUUCAGGGCGCGGUUUGGGACUAACGAGCUCGAGGCUCGCACAGAUGGAGUUCUGCGGAUAUUCGACGAGCCAGAGAGAGUCCAUGCACUGAUUGAGUGCAAGCUAAAGCUCGCACGGACGCUCUGCCAUCGGUGCAAUUUCAAGAGGCUGCGCAGAUUCAUUUUCAUGGUAUCAGAGGACCGGGACGAGAUCUUCCUCACCUUUGGCACCCUCGACCGUCAUUACCUCCGAUAUCUGCACAAUUCGGACGCACCAAAGAGGUUCCUGGAGCUCCAUACCUAUGGUCCGUUCAGAAUAGACAGCGCUGUACAUAUGGAGCAGCUGGCAGGCAUUGUGCUUGCAUACGUUCUCCGGGUUGGCACUGGGAGGUAG